AUGAGUGGCUCGGGCGCCAGGCCCAGCCACCUGUCGCAGCCAGUGGUGAAGAGCGUGCUGGUGUACCGCAACGGGGACCCCUUCUUCGCGGGUCGUCGCGUCGUCAUCCACGAGAAGAAGGUGUCCAGCUUCGACGUGUUCCUGAAGGAGGUGACGGGCGGCGUUCAGGCGCCCUUUGGAGCCGUCAGGAACAUCUACACCCCGCGCACCGGCCACCGCAUCCGGAAGCUCGACCAGAUCCAGAGCGGGGGCAACUACGUGGCCGGGGGCCAGGAAGCCUUCAAGAAGCUCAAUUACUUGGACAUAGGCGAUAACAAGAAAAGGACAAUGGAAGUCGUUAACACAGAGGUAAAACCAGUAAUCCACAGCAGGAUCAACGUGUCGGCGCGCUUCAGAAAGUCGCUGCAGGAGCCCCGCACGAUCUUCCUGAUUGCAAACGGAGACCUCAUAAACCCAGCUUCCCGCCUCCUCAUCCCGCGAAAAGCCCUGAGUCAGUGGGAUCACAUACUACAGAUGGUCACGGAGAAGAUCACGCUGCGGAGCGGGGCCGUCCACAGACUUUAUACUUUAGAAGGAAAGCUUGUGGAGAGUGGGGCAGAGCUGGAGAAUGGGCAGUUUUACGUGGCUGUCGGCAGAGAUAAGUUUAAGAAAUUACCUUACAGUGAAUUACUUUUCGACAAGUCAACAAUGAGAAGGCCUUAUGGUCAGAAAGCUUCUUCACUACCUCCUAUUGUAGGAUCCAGGAAGUCUAAAGGGAGUGGAAAUGAUCGCCAGUCUAAGUCAACCAUUGGCUCCAGUGACAACUCAUCUCCUCAGCCCCUCAAGAGGAAAGGGAAGAAAGAGGACGUGAGUUCAGAGAAACCAACAACAGUGAAACAAAACAUGAAGUUGCAGAAUUCACAGCAAACAAUUCCGAGCAGCAAGGAAGGCAUUUUCAAGGCUGGAGCAGAGAGGUCUGAAAUGCGGGGGGCAGCAGAAGUCCAAGAGGAUGAAGAUACUCAGGUGGAGGUUCCAGUCGAUCAGAGGCCAGCAGAAAUCGUAGAUGAGGAAGAGGAUGGAGAGAAAAUGAGCAAGGAAACAGGACUGAAGGAAGACUUUUCAGGAAUGAAUGGUGAUGUGGAAGGUGAUGGCGAGAGGGAGGCGACAGAUGGCCCUGAGCAGGCCGAGGAGAUCCCAGACCCCAGUGAGGAGCAGGCAGUCCCUGCUCGCGUGAGUGGAGGCACGGACGAGGAGAAUGGUGAGGAGCUGGACCCUGUCAACAAUGAGCUUCAGCGGGCAGUUGAUGAGGAGAGAAAGUCUCAAGGAGCUGGAAGUGGACAUGACGAGGCUGAUAUAGACCCUCAAAGACCACCAAGACCAGAAGUGAAAAUCACAAGUCCACAAGAAGAUGAAAACGAGGAACAAAACAAGGACUAUGCUGUUGUGGCAUAGGCGAUUUUUUAGAAAGAAGAUAUAUGGAUUACAAGAAAAAAAGAUUAUAAUACUUGAAUAAUAAGUGCACAGUUCUUGCUAAACAUAAUGAAACACUAUCACUGAAUUCUACCUACUGCAUGUUAAAAAUCAAAGGCCUGUUGGAAAAACUCGAUAAUUUGUAGUAACUACAGAAGGAGAAUGGCUUAUUUUUAUGGCAUGCAUUUUUAAAAGUUGGAAAAAUUAAAUGGGACAGAUAGAGGAGAGUUUGUAUGGGAAGGUAAUUGACCACUUUGUGAAAGAUUAAAAAAAUAGGAUCAGUCCUUUUAUAUAUUUUACUAUAAAUUUACAAGUGAGAUUAUUAGAUGGCAGCUUAUUCUGAAGCAUUUAUGUAAGGCAUAGAAUUUUAAAGAAUUGGUAUUAGGAAAGAAUGUACUAUUUCUUAAGGCAAUAAACUCUUGGAUGAACAAAUUGCAGUUUAGUUGCAGAUGUAAUUUGGAGAUGGCAGUAGAUUAAAAUGUUUCCCUGACUUGUUGACAUUCCUUUCUCUUUUCUUCCUCAGCCAAGAUCUACCUUAAUCAAACUAAAAAGACAGUAGAAGCUGUUCAUUUUGGAAGG